AUGGUAGCGGAGCUCGAGAAGAAGACUGGUAGCUGCGUGUGGAGCAGCACCUGGACCUCUCCGACGAGAGGACAAAUCCCCGGCAAGACGGGGAAGGGAAAAGCAAAGGGUCAAGGAAAAGCCCAAGAGAGAACCAGGUCCGCCCGAGCCAUAGAGCGGCGGAUACUACGUGGGGCAGCAAGGCGUGCAGAAGGCUUGCUGAACACCACUGUGGAAGCAGCCAGCGGUACGACCAACAGGCCGGACCACAACGAGCUGGACUACGUGGAAGGCUUGAGACUUCAGGCCGUUCCAGAACAAGAAGUACCAGAGUUUCUGGACGUGAACAGGACUGUGGUUGGUGGUCUGCCAACACACGGCAAAGCAGGAGGAGCGACCAAGCGCGUGUGGGGGAAGUUCGAGAAGGACUACCCGAGCCUCGCGAAGGUCGUACAGUCUACACCGGGUGGAAAGGCGAGAAAGUCCUUUGCCCAGGAAGAAGGAGGUCGACGAGUAGCACAAGGACUCGUUGCACCUAGGGCACAAGUCGUGCCAACCACACUGCCACCGCCUGAGCAGCGUGGAGAAGAAGAAGUAGGAGAAGAAGAAGAAACGCACGCGGCAACUAGCGUGUGGUACUCUGUGGACGAGUUCGGGAACUUCAAGGAGGAGGUCGACGACUCGCCCGAAGAAGAGGAAAGGCCGAAGACCGAGCAAGCGUCUUCAGCGGCAAGUAGCAGCUCAGUGGGUGUCUCCGAAGUCGCCCGAGCUGUUCAGGACCUAGAGCUGAGGAGUCAGAAAGCCUCAGAAGAAAGAAACCCAGAAGGUCGAGAAGAAAGACGGGACUACCAACGUGAGGAGUUGGAGGACCGUGAAGGACGGGACUACCAGCGUGAGGAGUUGGAGGACCGUGGAAGCAACUGGAGCGAGACAGCUUCCAGUAGCUCUACAAGCUGGUCGAGGAGUACCUGGAGUAGCAACUGGGGAAGCGACCAGUCGAGGGCUUGGGCCGGACGCAGGUGGUCGGAAGGGUAUCACCUAGGCUGGCACAGAGGCUGGCAUCGAGGCGGGUAA